AUGCGACAAAGAGAAAGUAAAAUGUUUGCUGAAAUCUUAAACAGGUUACGAGAAGGUAAACAUACAACUGCUGAUCUUCAAAAGCUGGAGGAAAGAUGCGUUCAGAAAUCGAAUUGUCUAGUAGUAGACAAAUAUAAUGAACAAGUAUAUGAAUCAUUUACUGAUAAUAGAUAUAAAAUUAAAGCUCAAGAUAGUGUUAUUGGGGCAGCUUCAGCUGAACUUAAGGAAAAAAUAAUGAGGCAAGUAGCUUAUGUUCCGUUAAGAAAUACUAAACAGUUAGCUCACAAGUUAAAACUUGCUGUUGGGCAACGUACAGAAGUUGCAACAAAUGUGCGAACUGAUGAUGGUCUUACAAAUGGGCGAGUUAGAUUAUAA